UAUGGGGCAUAGAGGGCGAACAUGGACUCUUUGGGUAUUUUUAUCCUACUAACACUUAAGUUUUUCCAGUGGACAGCUGCUGCUUCUGUUGAGGAAACCAGCUGGACCUAUACUGGCUUGCUUGGUCAGGCUGAGUGGUCGGACCACUUCCCUGACUGUGGUGGUACUUCCCAGUCACCUGUAGAUGUGAUAACCACUCAGACUAAAUAUGACCCCAGUUUGAUUCCAGUGGUGCCACGAGGCUACAGUCAGCACGGCAACCAGCCCUUCACGCUGUCCAACGAUGGACACACAGUGGUCAUUGAGCUGCCAGAGUGGAUGGGCCUUGGAGGGCUACCAUGGCUCUUUUCAGCCGUUCAACUGCACCUUCACUGGGGCAAUGGCGGCCCCAGUGACGGGGGCAGCGAACACACCAUCAAUGGACAGAGUGCAGAUGCAGAGCUUCAUGUGGUGCACUACAACUCUGAACUCUACCCCAACAUUUCUGCAGCGAUGACACAGAAAGAUGGCUUGGCUGUUUUAGGAAUUCUCAUUGUGACAGGUGAAGAGACAAACCCAGCAUUUAACAACAUCCUUAACUACCUGAGUCGCAUCAGACAUGCAGACCAGAAGGUACUCAUCCCAGCAUUUGAUGUCCAGUCCCUGCUUCCCAAGAAUCUGGGACGCUACUAUCGAUACAAUGGCUCCCUGACAACACCCCCCUGUUACCAGAGUGUUUUGUGGACGGUGUUUCAUGAAAGAGUUCAAAUCUCAAAAGCACAGCUGAUGAAGAUGGAGACAAUACUUUACUCCAGUAACGCUGAAGAAUCAGAGAAGAUGCUGCUGCAGGACAACUAUCGUGUAACACAGCCGCUCAACCACAGAGUCGUCUUUGCCUCAUUCUCAGCAGAAUCAGGAAAGGAGCUCUCCUCUGGUGAAGUCACAGCUAUAGUGAUAGGAGUGAUGUGUGGCUGUGUGGGUCUGGCAGUAAUCAUUCGCUUCAUCGUGAAGACAAUACGAUUUUUUAAACUCCUUCACCUUGAAACAGUCGUGGUAAACAGCUCUACCUCUAGCUGGGACAUCCUGCACAACAACCGACCGGCUCCCAUGCCAAGGAUAAAUGAGCCAGAGAAAACAAAUGAGAAAAAACAAGACCUGGCUCUGAACUCGACCUCGGAGGCUGAAAGGAAGGAGGAGUCUUCACCGUCCCCUCAGACGGAGCCCUAGCUGACUGUUCAAUUCAGGCCAGGCAAACAUCGUUGUCUACUUUCUAGUCAGUGAUGUUUUUACUGAUUCAUGUCUCCUUAUGGGACAAAAAGCAAACAUGUUUUCCCUCUAUCUGUUCCAAAAGGCAAAAAUAAAAGAAAAUAUUUUACAAGAAGUCACUAAUGUAUGAAAACUGUGUCAAAAGUGAAUUCCCACCUAAAUUCCGUGCUGUUAUCAGUCAUCGUAAACAUGUCAUCUUCUUUGCAUGUGAAACAUGUCAUUCUGCUGGUUUAUGUUCAGGCAUGGCUGCUACACGCCUCAGAUACAUGAAGGAUUCAUGUAAUUACUCAAUGGAAUAUAUAACUGAUUGUUUUUGUUGUUUUUUAUUUGGGUAUUGUCUUCACUGUAUUUUGAGGCACAAGCACACUGCACAACAUUAAAUGUAAUAUGUUUAUUUGUGAAUUAAUUAGAGUAACUUUUAUUUCAUUAUUCACUAAGAACAUUGAAAGAAAACAGACAAUUUGGUAUGAAAGCACACAACAGGUAUAGCAUGUUUGAGUUGUAUAUACAGAUGCUGUCCAAAUUCUUGGAUCUGAAUUUAAAUCAACAGAUUAUGUUGUAAAUGGAUGAGCUAUAUUUAUGUACAUGCCUUUUAUUUAGUUGAAAAGAGGAUUUUUGGGUGCUACAUAUAAUCUUUAUCUGAUUUUAUUAUUAUUAUUUUGUAUCUAACUUCUCAACAUAAGCACCACAUUAAAGCACUUGAAUGUCAAA